AUGGCAACGCCUGGCCCGCAGGCUCAAGGCCGUGCAUCGACGAGGUCGAACACACAGCCUCGCAGCCCAAGUGGUGGAGGCCGUGCAUCGACGAGAUCGAACGCACAGCCUCGCAGCCCAAGUGGCGGCGGAGCGGCGAAGCCCGGUGCCAGCGAUCAAGGCCGUGCAUCGACGAGAUCGAACGCACAGCCUCGCAGCCCAAGUGGCGGCGGAGCGGCGAAGCCCGGUGUAGGGGAUCAAGGCCGUGCAUCGACGAGAUCGAACGCACAGCCUCGCAGCCCAAGUGGCGGCGGAGCUGCGGCGAAGCCUGGUGCAGGGGAUCAAGGCCGUGCAUCGACGAGAUCGAACGCACAGCCUCGCAGCCCAAGUGGCGGCGCAGCGGCGAAGCCCGGUGUAGGGGAUCAAGGCCGUGCAUCGACGAGCUCAAACGCACAGGCUCGCAGCCCAAGUGGCGGCGGAGCUGCGGCGGAGCCCAGUCCAGGGGAUCAAGGCCGUGAAGCCACACGUCCAAGCAGCUCCAGCGAUGAUGGUGCCACGGCCAGCCCCAGUGCAGAGGAUCAAGGCCGCGAGGCCGCACGUCCAAGCAGCUCCAGCAAUGAUGGUGCCACGGCCAGCCUCAGUGCAGAGGAUCAAGGCUUGGCAGUCCGCGAAGCCACACGUCCCAGCAGCUCCAGCAACGAUGGUGCCACGGCUGAGGAUCAAGGCGUCGGUGCAUCUGCGAGGGCGGAGGCGGCCACUCUCGAUGCGAGGGCCUCCAGGUCUCACUCCAACUCUGCGGCUUCGUCGGCAUCUACGCAGCAGCUGGGAGAGGCCUCCGGGCAGCGCGCCGAGGCUUCCGAAGAUGGCAGCUCCGAGGCAGAGGUUGUGCCCCAGACGAUGGCCGUGAACGAUGGAAGCUCAAGCUCAGAGGAGCAAGUGGAGGAGGAGGCCCGCAGCGAGCCCUCUCCGAGGACGGAGGGCGAGAAGACUUCCACGCAACCUGUGAAGGAGGAGGCGAAGGAGGAGCCCUCGACCCCGACCAAACCCGUGGCUGCCGCGCCGCAGGCUCCCACGCAGCUCCUCGUGCCCAGCGAACAGCCGGCGCGGCGCCGAUCCUCAUUGGUGCCCAGGGAGCUGCAGCAAUCAGGCACUCCCGCCGAUGUUGAAGCAGCCAAAGUGCGCCGCGCUGUGGCAGCCGCGAAGAAGCGCGUGCAGAAGGCACGCGCCACGCCGAAAGCCAAACAAGAGAAGCCGAAGAAGAAAGUGACCUCCAGGUCUGAGCUCCUGGUGUCGCUUUUCAACGCCCUGGGCGGCCAGGAGACAGGCUAUUUAGGCAGCCAGCAGCUGUUUCGCAUGGCCCAGCUUCUGGGCUUCGAAGGCGGCGAGGAGGAAUGGCACGCAGAGUAUCUGGCUCUCUGCCGUUCGUACGGUUGGAAGGAGAAGCUGGGAGCGAAUCGCCGGCAGUUUGCCGAGCUCUUGGACGAUGAAGACAGUGAUGCCUUCAGCAACGACAUGGAGCUGGCGAUGAUGCUGUGCAACUUUCCGGCCAGCCAGCCGCAUCAGAUUCCUCGAGAGGACCUGGUGAAGACCUUCUUCAACUGGGUCGAUAUCAACCACAACAACAGGCUGGGCAGCCGAGAGAUCCUGCGCUUUGCAAAGCACCUUGGCUUCGAGGGCGACCCCGCAGAGUGGGAGAAGGAGUACGCCUACAUGGUGAGGCGUUACGGUUGGAGCCAGAAAGGCUGCGACCUCUACCAGUUCAGCCGUCUGGUGAGCGACGAGGCUGGUCUCUGCUAUCUGGACGAUGCGGCCUUGCAGGUCGAGCUAGCAGAGUUGGAAAUGGUCACCUGCCAGCCGCUCUUCUCACGCCUGCUCGACCCGGCGAUGGCCGAAGCAGAUGCGACGCUCCGCACACGCAGUGCGACACUCAUCCAGCAGCUCUGGCGCGGGAGGAGCAAAACCAAGGUCCUCAUGCUUCAGCUCAGGAAGAGGCUGCGUGAGAAGAAGGUGAACCAGGAGACUGAAGCAAACGAACGGCAGCUCGGGCGUCUUCGCAAGGCUGAAGCUGCCAAACGCGCGCGGAAGGACUUAGCAGCGGAGCGGAUCCAGCGCUGGUGGAAAAUCUAUUUCCGGAAGCAGAAGUGGUUGGACCCUUAG